GUAGAACACUUGUAAUCAGUACGAAAGUUGUCGUUGGUAGAUUAAGGUCGCACACACAAAAAUAAACAAAUCGCCUAACCUGAGUAAAUUUUUCGUUUGCCACAUAAUUUGUGUUUUCAAGACUACAUUUGAUAAUAAAAAGGACUGUUGAAUUUAUUUUGCUCUUGAAUAAUCCGAAUACGACUUAACGUUACAUAAGCAUGGUUCGAAAUUUCAAAAAGAAGACUGAGAAGGGCAAAGCGCCGCCUGACGAACUUUUAAGAGCUGCUAGGUUAGUGAGAUUAGGAUCCUUAAUAAGAAAAGUGGCAGCUGACUUCAAUGUAAAUUACCGUACUUUAACAAGAUACUGUAAGAAAAUUCCAGUCUGAAUUACUU